AUGAAAAUUGCUCGUUAUAUACUUGAACAACUUUUUAAAUGUUGCUUUGAAUUUGUUCAGUUAGAUAAAGUUAUAUUUAAUCCUCAAAUGAUUAAAUUAUUGUUUGAUGAAAACAAAACAAAUAUGCCUCUACAAAUACACUCUCUUAGUGCUCAUCUAUUCGUUUUAACGAAAUCCGAUAAUUGUUUAUUGGAAUUUAUUUUAAAUCAUCUGAUUUCUAAAGAAUUUACUGUGGAUUUUUGGAAAUUCAACAGAAGAAUGCAAAAUAUAAAUAUUUUAUUUGGAAUUUUGACUAAAGGAGAAGAUGAAUUUGGUGUAGUUUCUUGUCGACAUGUUCCAUUACAAUUUUAUAAUAAUAUUAUAAAGGUGAGAGUGUUAAUGGUGCAAUAUUUUAGCGUAUUUUUUUCUAAUAGUGCGACUUCCUCUAUUAGACCCUUCAAAUAAACCGACCUCCUAUAGGAUGGUUGAAAAAUAAACCGACUCCCUCUAUUAAACCGACCCCUAUUAAUAAACCGACCUCCUAGUGGAUGGUUGAAAAAUAAACCGACCGGUCGCACUAUUAGAGGAAAUACGGUAUAUGAUUUUUAGAAUAAUUUCUGUUAGAGACCGGAUUCGAAGUGUCGUACGAGAGGCGUACUGGAUAUCUCAAAUAAUCUUUUUUCUGUUAUCUCCCCCCAUUUUUCUUUCCUUCUUUCAAAAUUGUCAG